AUGGAUGCCAAACAGCCAACUGCACCUACAUUCGCAGAGGAGAGUCCCUCUAAACAGGAGGAGUGGAACCCGGGUGUGUGCCAGGACGAGCCAGGACCCUCCCAGGUUAAAGUAGAGGACGAUGAGCAGAAGGAGGAACUAUGGAUCAACGGAAUGGAUGAGCAACCUUCAGCGGAGGAAAGCGAUGACGGGGACGCCUUGACGAAAGAACUCAUCAGAACAGUGCAGCAGUUAGAAGACUGCAGGGCAGCAGAGGAGAGCACAGAGCCGAAGCAAAGCCCUGCAGAGGAUCCAGAGCACUCUGAAGAGAAGACAAGUACCACCUUAUAUCGCUGCCACAUAUGCAACUACAUAUUCACCAAAAAAACUGUGCUUACAUGGCACCUCAAGACACACGAGAGCAAGUCACAUGACAGCAAGGGGAACUUUGAUUGUCACAUAUGUGGCAAACACAUACCCUGUCAGAGCAAUCUGCAGAACCACAUGAGAGUACACACAGGAGAGAGACCCUACAGCUGCCAUUUCUGUGGCAAGUGUUUUAAACUGAAAGGACACAUGACAGAACACAUAAGAACUCACACAGGAGAGAAGCCUUUCAGCUGUCACAUUUGUGACAAAUCUUUUAACAGGGGUUCAACUCUGAGGAAACACGUUUUUGCCAAACAUAAAGAGGAGAGACCAUACAAAUGUGGGGAUUGUGAUGAGUUAUUCACUGAAAGGUUGCUGAUGAAGAAGCACAUGCGAAAGGUUCACGGAGUCAAACUUGCCACAAGUCAAAGUCCUGCCUAGAAAUUCCGAACAGACGUCAUUAAUGAAGUCAUGUUGCAUACGGUCUAAACAUUUCGACACUAGCGCCUGUGAGUUAUUUUACCAAUACCAGAAGAUUUUAAAUUUGGCUUUGAGGAUGUUAUAGUUUAGUACACAAGCCAAACUUCUCAAAUGUUGAAUGCUGUCUAACAUAGACAGCCAUACAAAACU